AUGCGGUUAUUUGCUACCGGUCGAGCCCUACGGGCUAGCAGUGGGCGCUGGUCAAUUUCCACGAUUCGCCCGAGAAUUCCCAUUCCCCGAACUCACCCGUUCCGCGAAUCCAUCCCAGUGAUCACUCGCGACUGGAGCUCGACAUCAGCUCGACGGACCGCUGAUCAAAGCUCUAGCGCUGGCCAGCCCAAGCAAGCGCCGAACGCACGAUCAAUUCUUAAGAUUGAAGGCGACAACUACUCGACUGAUCAAUGGACUAACACUCCCGACACAAUCCUAUCCCACGUGGGACGACGUCUGUACCUCGACGAGAACCAUCCUCUCGCCAUCACACGCAAGCUUAUUGAGAGCCAAUUCGCUGCGCCAGUCUUCGGCAACUACUUCGAAAAGAAUCCCGUCGUUACAACCAGACAGAACUUCGACGUUCUGGGCUUCCCACCAGACCACCCGGGCCGCAGUCGCACUGAUACCUACUACAUCAACGACAAGACGGUGCUGCGCACCCAUACGAGCGCACACCAGCAAGCAUAUUUCCAGCAAAUCAACCGCAACGAGAAGAUUCGCCCCGAGGAAGUUGGAUAUACUGUGAUUGCUGACGUCUACCGCCGCGAUGCAAUUGACCGGAGUCACUACCCGGUCUUCCACCAGAUGGAGGGAGCUAUGCUGUGGAAGCGUCCCGAUCAGAACCCGCUGGAGGCAUCCAAAGAAACCGCAGCCCGGAUCAAUGCAGACGUGGAUUUGAUCCCGCGCCACGACGUUCCAGUCGAAGACCCCAACCCAACACUCCACCCUCAGCGCAACCCGCUGCAGGCGGAGCACCACAGCGAGGAAGAGGUUGAGGCUAUUGCGGCGCAUCUGAAGCGGUCGCUGGAGCGCAUGGUUAUCAAGGUCUUCACUGAAGGAAGCAAAGCUGCCGCCGCAAGCUCCGGUGGUAACGUUGACCCCGAGCCUCUCAAGGUGCGCUGGGUGGAGGCAUACUUCCCCUUCACCAGUCCGUCAUGGGAACUCGAAGUUUUCUGGCAAGGCGACUGGCUGGAAAUUCUUGGAUGCGGUGUCAUUAAGCAAGAUCUUCUGAUCAACUCGGACGUUCCCAACCGCGUCGGCUGGGCCUUUGGCUUGGGCAUCGAGCGCAUUGCUAUGCUCCUCUUCAACAUUCCUGACAUCCGCCUCUUCUGGUCUCGCGAUGAGCGCUUCCUUUCUCAAUUCCGUGCCGGUGAAAUCACCCGCUUCGAGCCCUUCUCGAAGCACCCAGCCUGCUACAAGGAUGUCGCUUUCUGGUUGCCCCCAGCUGCUGUUACCGGAGGAAGCAGCGCGGCAGGUGGUGCCGUGCCGUUCCACGAGAACGAUGUCAUGGAAAUUGUCCGUGGCAUCGGUGGUGACCUUGUUGAGGACGUGACUCUGAUUGAUGAGUUUACCCACCCCAAGUCUGGACGGAAGAGCAUGUGCUAUCGCAUCAACUAUCGUAGUCUGGAGCGGACUUUGACCAACGAGGAGGCUAAUGAGAUGCAUGAGAAGGUGCGAGCUCAACUUGUUGAUGACUUUGGAGUGGAAUUGCGGUGA